AUGAGAAGCGGUGGUGCUUGGAAUGUCGAUAGCGGCCCUAUUGGGUUAACUUUGAGCCAUAAUAACACAUCGGACGGAGACGACUUACAACAGUUUCGUAAUAGUGUGCAAAGCAACUGUGAAAACGAUGUAAUAAAUUGUAAUGAUGACGUCAUAGUAUGCACGACAUUAUCUCCUGAGAUGGGCAAUAAGCAUGCAUCGAGUACGGCGGUGGUGCCUGCACCAGGCAAGGUGGAGCGAGUGGCGGUGGCGAGCAGCUGUGAGUGCAGAGAGGAGGUUCGAGUUUCACCGUUACCUCCAAGUGCUGGCCCAAAAUUGAAUGCUGUUAAAAUAGUGAAAAUAGUAGUGCCAGAAAUAAUACAGUACGGUGUGCAAGACGCUGUGAUUCUAGACUGUGACUAUACUUACGGUAACAACACAUCGGGACUGGUAGUGAAGUGGUUUUUCAGAAACAAAGCUAGACCUGUCUACCAAUGGAUCGUGUCGCAAAAACCACAGGACAUGGGGAUAUUGAGAGGUCGUGUUGACUUAGCCUACAGAGCAUCAAGCGAUCCAUUAAAAAUGUACAGAGCACUCCGCAUAGUGAAGCCCAACACCGACGUCUCUGGUGAUUACACGUGUGUCGUUUCAACAUUCAUGGAAGAGGAUUCACGAACUAAGCAAAUGAUUGUUUUUGUACCGGAGAGCAACUUCCGCCUCAUCAAGAACAAGACUGACGAUGAUACUGUGAACGUCAUAUGUGCUGCGGACGGAGCGUUUCCUGCGCCAAACCUCACGCUAGCCACACCAAAAAGGCGUAGGGAAUUGACGACCCCAUCGCCCGCUGACGUAACAGUUAAGUGA